AUGGCCGACAUGAACCAAGAGUCUAUCCAGCAGAAGAUCCAGGUCGCACGGCGCGAUGCCGAGGCCCUGAAGGACAGGAUAAAACGGAAGAAGGACGAGCUCGCUGACACAACCCUCCGCGAUGUCGCCCGCGACCGUGUCGAGGCCCUGCCGCGCCUUACCAUGAAGACGAAGCGCACGCUCAAGGGCCAUCUUGCGAAGAUCUACGCCAUGCACUGGUCGACCGACCGCCGACACCUCGUCUCCGCCUCGCAGGACGGCAAGCUCAUCAUCUGGGACGCCUACACAACGAACAAGGUCCACGCCAUCCCCCUGCGGUCGUCCUGGGUCAUGACCUGCGCGUACUCGCCGUCUGGCAACUACGUAGCGUGCGGUGGUCUCGAUAACAUCUGCUCCAUCUACAACCUGUCGGCGCGAGAAGGCCCCACACGCGUCGCUCGCGAGCUCUCUGGCCACUCAGGAUACCUGUCCUGCUGCAGAUUCAUCAGCGACAAGCGCAUCCUGACCUCGUCCGGCGACAUGACUUGCGUGCUUUGGGACCUGGAAACCGGCUCCAAGGUACACGAGUUCGCCGACCAUCUUGGCGACGUCAUGAGCUUAAGCAUCAAUCCUCUGGACCACAACCAGUUUGUCUCCGGCGCCUGCGACGCGUUCGCCAAGCUGUGGGACAUCCGUCAGCAGAAGUGCGUGCAGACUUUCGCCGCGCAUGACUCGGACAUCAACGCCAUCCAGUUCUUCCCCAACGGUAAUGCCUUUGGUACUGGGUCUGACGAUGCUUCUUGCCGUCUGUUCGAUAUCCGUGCCGACCGCGAGCUCGCCUCGUACCAGAUUCCCGAGCCCGUCUGCGGUAUCACCUCCGUUGCCUUUUCCGUGUCCGGCCGUCUGUUGUUUGCUGGUUACGACGACUUCGAGUGCAAAGUAUGGGACGUUCUCCGUGGCGAGCGUGUCGGCACGCUGCAAGGGCACGACAACCGUGUCAGCUGUCUCGGUGUCAGCAACGAUGCACUCAGUUUGUGCACUGGUUCGUGGGAUUCUAUGCUGCGCAUUUGGGCAUAA